AUGACGUUUCCGCCGGUAACAAAUCCAUCGGGAGCAACGUUUUUGGAGGCACGUACAAGCCGUUCAGAGGAAUUGCACAUGAUGUUAGAGGAAGAACAUAGUGCUAUAAACGCGAUUAGAUUGCCGAUAGGAUGUAUGGUCAGCCCUCCAAAGCCUGGUGAUAUCUCAUAUGAUCAGUAUCUUAGAGAGUGCACGGGCAUCCUUGAAUCACUAAGGAAGAGAGCACACAUGAUGACAGAUGGAUUCAACAGUUGCAAAAAUGUUGUUUGUAAUUUCACAGAAGGUCAGUUUGUCAGCCAAUUUCUGAAAUAA